AUGGAUCAAACAACUGUCAAUCUCCCUCGGUCUGGGGCUCCAUGCAAGAUCUCACCUUGUGGAGUUUCAAUGAUCAUGAGAACUGUGAGGAAUCAGCCCAGAACUACAUGGGAGGAUCUUAUCAAUGAUCUCAAAGCAGCUGGGACCAUAGUCACCAAGAAAACAACUGAGAACACACCACGCUCUCGGGAUAUCCAGGCUUGGGAAUAUGUUCCAUUAGGUCCAUUUCUGGGCAAAAAUUUUGGCACCACCAUCUCACCCUGGGUCGUUCCAAUGGAAGCACUGAUGCCUUUUGUUGAGUCCAAUACAGUCCAGGACCCUGUUCCUCUACCAUACUUAAGUCACGAUGACCCCUAUACGUUCAAUAUCAACCUGUUCGUGGCGUUGAAAGGUGAGGGAAUGCCACGUGCAGCCACCAUUUGUAAGUCAAAUUUUAAGUACAUGUACUGGACCAUGAAACACCAGCUGGCACAUCACACAGUCAAUGGUUGUAACGUCAGACCAGGUGACCUGCUGGCAUCAGGCACCAUCAGUGGACCGGAUCCUGAAAGUUUUGGCUCCAUGCUGGAGCUCUCGUGGAGAGGAUCUAAGACUAUUGACCUCGGCAAUGGAGAAACAAGGACCUUCUUGAAGGAUGGGGAUGAGGUUACACUCACAGGUUAUUGUGAGGGCAGGGGUUACAAAGUGGGCUUUGGUCAGUGUGAAGGGAAGAUCAUUCCUGCCCUGCAACAGUGACCAGACAAAAGGCAUGUCAUCUACAGCUACAAACAAAUUCAACAUCAUUCCUACAAAAAAAUUGAAUGUUAAUACACACAAAAUCUAAACUUUAUAAUUGAAACAUGCAGUUGUUGCAAUUCCCCCACUAUCGGACAUUGGCCGAUUGAUUAGAAACAGACAAUGAUCAGUGCAGGCUAUAUCCUGUCAAAGAAAACACAUCUGAAUUCAAGCUGUGUGAUUAUUUUGAAUUGGGUGACAAUGUACCGUAAGACUUUCCAUGAUUUCUGUACAUCAUAAUUUGAAUUAGCAGAUGUCAUUAUUAGUAAAAGAAUUUCGGUAUCACUACAGAAAUUUUGUAUUAGUGCAUCCCUACUUUUGGACAAUUUACAUACUUUAUUUUAAGGUUGCUGAGACAGUUUAUUAGUGUAUCUUGAAUUUUUACAGUAAAGUUACCAUUUUACCUGUAUAAUGUCUCAUGUUUGAGUAGAGUUGCAGUAGAAACAAUAAACACAAACUCUUCUCCAAA